GAUAUUAUAAGAGAGACAUAUGUACAUAUUAAAGGCAUCAUUAAUUGGAAAAAAUAAUCCUUUGAUAUGAUAACCUGAAUAUCUAAACAAAAAGAAGACUCCUUUCUGUAUUCUUUGUUUUGACGAACAAUCGUUUCGACGUUUUAUGUAUCUACUGCAACGUAAUGGAAUGUAACGGUCAUAAUGAAUAUGUAGAAGAGAUAGAAUUUCAAAAUAAUUACUUUGAGUGUAUCAUAUGUUUUGAUAAAUUUUGUGGACAAAAGUGUAUAAAACUUAAAAAUUGUGGACACAUAUAUUGCAAAAAUUGUAUAUCUGAAUAUAUUACUAUAAAAAUUAAGGAAGAUAAUGUAACUGGCAUUACUUGCCCUGAUUUAAGCUGCAAUCUUGAUAUUACAAUUAAUGAAGUUAAAAGACUUUGUCCAGAAUCAUUUUCACAAUAUGAAAAAGCUUUACUACGUGUGUCAUUGAAUUCUAUGAAAGACAUAAUCUUUUGUCCGAGAAUGUCAUGUCAAUGUCCAUCUGUGAAAACUUAUGAUGACACACUAGGAAUUUGUAGCAAAUGUGACUAUACAUUUUGUACUUACUGUUAUAAGGUAUAUCAUGGGGUUGAACCGUGUGCUAUGUCUUCAGAUAGCAGAUUAAAACUUAUUGAAGAAUAUAAAAAUGGUAGUAAACGUGAAAGAAAACAAUUAGAAGCAAAAUAUGGUAGAAAACAGAUACAAAGAGUUGCAGAAGAAUAUUUAACACAAGAAUAUAUAAAAACAAAUACCAAGUCAUGUCCAAAUUGUGGAACCAUAGCCGAAAAAAAUGGAGGAUGCAACAAAAUGACCUGCAAUUAUUGUCAAGCUUCUUUUUGCUGGCUUUGUGGAGAGCAUAUUAAUACACAAAAUCCAUAUGACCAUUUCUUGUCUGGCAAUACUAAUUGUUAUCGACAAUUAUUUGAGCAAGAAGAAAAUAUUUAACUAUAACAUAAAGAAGGAAUAUAUUUUUAUUAAAUGAGAAUUAGCAUGUAAGUUCAGUUUAAAUGUUAUUGUAUGAUUAAUUAAAAUAUAUACAAUAUGUAUAAAAUAGAAUAUUUUACAUAUUUACUAUUUUUAAUGUUGUAAAGCAUCUUUUGGCAUAUGAACCUCAACAGUAGCUUCUGUUACAAACUGUUCAGCGAUAACAGAGACUGUUAAUUCAUCUCCCUGGCAAUGUACUAUGUUAUCUAAAAAUAGUUAUAAAUGUUAUGAGACUUUUAA